CAAUGACAGCACGCUUUACAGCAGCACGCAUGACGGAAGUCGUCACUGACCGUCAAAAGCAAAUAUCAUGACGCUUGAGGAAUUUGUUAGCGCUGUGUAUUAGUUUUAUGAUAUAGUUAAUCACAUAGCGGUCGUAAUAAUACGCUAGGUUAGUGUGCAGUCAGUUUGCACUGGAAGUCUGUCUAUCAAUCUGAAUAUGGGUCUGAAGGGUCGCCGGAAAUGACUUUUACUGGCUUAAAGAAAUCACAUCCGACCUGUGCAUCAUCAUGAGGAUGGAUCGGCAAGUAUUAGUGAUAUAACAGCACACUCUCGCCGCCGGAGACGUUCUGUAGCGGGGACUGACAGUUCUUAACGGGAACGCAAUAUAGUCACUUUAAAAGAUGUUGUCCAAUCCUCUGGCUGAGCAGAAAGGUACAGAGCAGGUUCCUGCGUCUGCGGCUGGUCCAUGCCACCGUGCCGCUCUUUCUCCGCUGUAUCAGGAACAGCUGGCCAUAGGAUGCAGAGAAACCAGCAGGGAGGAGGCUGGAUCUGGUGAUGAAACACGACCCUCAGACUUUGAGAAGGGCUUGAAGGAAGUUCAUCUGGAAAAUGAAGGAGCUCUGAGACAGAUGACGUUUGAUCCAAAAAGUAGUAACUUUGGAGUCAAUCCUAGUUCGACUUGCAUGCACAUGUGUAAUAAACAAGAGGCCAAGUUUAGGGAUCAACGAUGGACCUCUGCCACCUUCAGUUCAUCUCCUCCAGCUGGACCAUCCGGAGAGCAGCUUGGAGUUCUGGAACGAUUUCUUGUGUCCCAUCAAAUAGAGAUGAAGCGUCUGCUGACUGAUACCUUUGGAUCUCUGACCCAGCGUCUUGAGGCAGUGGAGAGGAGGAUGGACCAGCUGUGUUCACAAAGCAGUGCACAUACUCGCAGUUUAGCUCAGCUGCACAGUAAAGUAGGCCAGCUGGGAAGAGACUUGUCCUUUGGCUGUCCAAUCACUCCAAGUGUUUCAUCAGCUUGCAGCCGUGGAGUGGAUGCAGAGGUGCCAAAAGACUACAAAGGAAUUAUCUCAAAUAUCUCUUCUCCUGAAACUAAGAAGUACUCUGUGUGUUCUUGGGCAAUGUCAACUCCUUUUAUGCCCAGCCAAAGUCCUGAUCAUAAGUCCGAGGACAUAAGCUGUCAAGAUCUAAGUGGAAAUUAUAGUAGUUCAUCAUGUGGAAUUCUAAAAACAUGCCAUUCGGGACAAAAAGACAAUUGUUUGCAGGGUAACUACUCACCCGUUUCUGAUUUUGAAGACCUGGAGAUGGAACUGGAAGCUGAGAAGAACAGGGUCACGUUAAACCUAUUGGUCGAUUCUGUUCGUAGCAGCUCAGAUGAAAAUGGCAGCCGGGAACUUCCUUGUAUUCAAGAAGUACUUUCCUCUGCUAGUGUAGGGAAUAAUAAAACUGGUCAGGAAGGAGAAGACGCAUUGAAUAAUCAGUGUUUAAAUGUUCCUGAAAACCCUCGGGUGCCUUCCAUUCAGUUUCUCAGAUCUUCAGCUCUUAGUGGCUUAAAGUCAAACACAAAUACAGAUCAUCACUGUUUAUUUUCAAAAGCAGUGAACUCAAAGCCCUCUGGGAAACCAGCAGCAUUGACAGAUUCCUCUAAAGACGAGUGUGAAAAAAUCCAGCAGCAGUCGUUUAGUCAGAUUACCUUCCCUUUCUCCACUAAGCCGCUGGAAGCACAACCCAACCCUGAUAAAUCCAAGAGUUGUUCAGUUCUAUUUCAGACUUCUAAUAAGAAAGAAGCAGUGAUCUUGGACAGGAUCAAAAUGAAUGGUCUUUUUCACUCUACAACUACCUCAUUGAGUAAUAUUACUUCAGUCUUGGAUCACGUCCAUACGUCAAGGGAUGUAGAUGAAUUGACAGAGACAAAUGCUGGAGAUUCUGACGAGAACACAAAGAUAGGUAAUAAGGGACAACGCUUUGAUUGUCAGUACUCAAAUAUAUCAUACUCAAAGGAUAGCCCUCUUCAAGGGUCAUCAAUCCUGCCAUACUGUGAACUUGCUUUGCCGAAACAAUUGGUAAAAGGUGUAGGUGACCAAAAAUCACUAGGUUCGCUUUUUACAUUUUAUCAAGCACACUCCAGCUCGCAUCUCUCGGCCCCAAGAAAUGGGUGCUCCAAACCAUUUUUAGAUGGCGAUACUAACAAACUGUUGAAUCAGCUCUCAGAUACCGCCUAUCGCUUGGUGUCCAGAAGCUGUUCCUCAAGCAACUUGGACAGAUGGACUGGUUACAGCAGGACUGGGCCCAAACUCAAACACUGUGGUGGAAAGAAACAUCACCUUCCUGGAUUUCCUGCUCUUAAAGUUGGAGAAACCCUUUCUUUGUCCUUCUUUGAUCAGGCAGGAGGGAUGUCCAAACAUUGGCAGCCAAAUCUUGAGGACUUGAUACUUCCUGUGUCUCAUCAAUUGACUGGUCCUUCAGAUGCUUUACCUGUCCACCUGGAUAAAGAGUCUACAGGUCGUCCUAGCUUAUCUCAAAUUUUUCGCCCCAGCAGUCCACCUUUGUCUACUUUUAGCAAAGGGAGCUUCUCUGGGGCAGGUGUUAGUACCGUCCUGGCUUUAUCUUCUCCAGCUUCCUUCAGACUGUGGUUUCGACACAGAAGAAUCAACUUUCCUCUUCUGCAGUUGUCACGUCCUGGUAUCCAUACGGUUGUGAGUCGGAUUUUGGGGAGGAGCAAAUGUCAUCCUUUUCGACCUCUGGUUGACUUCACAGCGCCACCAGGCAUGGACAACGAUCACCACUAUAUACGCCGAUCCAGUCAAGAUGCUACACCCAGCAGGAAAAGAGCUUCAGCACGGAAAGCCACCUCAUCCCUAUCAGUGUGUCAUCUGUCAAAAAAUCGUCUCGCACCAGAAAGGAGCCUAGAUCACCCCUCUCGGCACAGCAUCAGCCCCAAAGCGGCGCGAAUGGAUGGAUCCCCCACUGAAUCUGUGCCUAGUUAUGCUAUUGCCAGUGCAAAUGUCAAAUACCCAGGUUUGCAUAAUCGGGGCACAUCUACAGAAAUGAACCAGGUGGAACUUUACGACACUAACAGUGAAACUCAAGGAUGUCAGCGUUCCAAAAGGGUCUCUCAAAUUCGUAUUCGUAAGACAGUUCCCAAACCAGAUAACAACCUUACUCCAAUGGGACUCCCCAAACCAAAGAGGCUGAAGAAAAAGGAAUUCAGUUUGGAGGAGAUUUAUACCAACAAGAAUUACAAGUCUCCAACCCCUAACAGAAGCCUGGAGACGAUAUUCGAAGAACCGAAAGAGAAGAAUGGCUCUUUGGUAUGCAUCGGUCAUCAGAAACGAAAGCGAGUUCUAGACUUCCCAGAUUUCACACUGCCUCGGAAACGCAAGGCUAAAACUAACCUGGGUCCACUGCGUGUGAAGGGGCCACGAGGAAGGGCUCGUAGGGGAAGACAAGACGACGUUGACCUUGAUGUAUUGCUAAUCGAGAAGCUCACAGAACUGGAAGACUACUUUUCCCGCCAAGGCCUGGAGGUUUAAGCUCUGUUUUUCACAAAUCUAUUCUUAGUUCUUGUAAACAAUUGAUCAGUUACCAAAAAUGUUAUUUUAAUCUUUUUACCUAAUCAAGGAAAGAAUUUGCGCUACACACGCCGUUGUUUACUACGGAGCCCGCACAUGACAUGUAAGAAAAAAUUAACAAAUACUGCUCACGAUUUACUAAUUUGUUCCCUCGAUGUACUAAAAUGUGCACACGAUUACUAUUUAGUUUCUUUGAUUUAUUAAAUUGUUUGCACAAUUUAUAAAUCGGGGGAACGAAAUAGUAAAUCGUGCACAUGAUUUAGCCUACUGUUUUUUGCUGCAUGCCAUGUGCGGGGCUCCAUAGUUUACCGAACGUUCAGCAAUAGAGUGAAAAAACAUUUUCUUGUAGCAUUUACAGUUGAGACUUAAAGCGUGUGAAGCGGACUGACAAGAAAAACAUUAGAGCUCUGUAUGUGUGUGUUUGUGUGUGCGCAAAUAAUAUAAGCACAGUAUAGUAGACCUUCACCUGAGCACUUUCUGAUUCCUCACAAUGUGACUGCUGCAACCUAGUUGUUGAUUUUUUUUUUCUUUUCAUUUGCAACACAUUGCUAACUAACACUAAUCUGUCAUUUUCUGAUGAAAAAAGGAGUGUGGGAAUAAUAAUUACUGAUCCAUUAGUUUAAGCCCUUCAAGGUCUCUGAAACAAGGAGGUGCUCAUCCUUGACUACUAAUGACCUAUGAAAUUGGCAACUUUGAUUUUAUCAUGACAGUUCCAUUUUUUUCUAUCAGGACUAGUAUAUGUAUUUACAGCUUUAUAAAUGAAAAUACUAAGUGAUUUGCGGCCUAAAACAAGACUACGAAAAACUAUUUUAAGUGUUUCUUUUCUUUUAAAUAAAUCCUUUACGGUACAGUGCAGUGUUUGAGCACUCUAUUCUUACGGUGUGAUGUAUUUAUUCACUCUUCAUGUCAUUCCAAACCUGUAUGACUUUCUUCUUCAGAAUGCAAAAAGAUAAAAAAUGUCCAUACAGUGGAAGUAAACGGAACCUAGCAUUGUUCUGAACCCUGUUAUUUGGACAAAAACAGUUGCAACAUACUUCAAAAUAACUUCUUUUGUGUUCCACAGAAUCCAGGUUUGGAAUGAGAUGAGGGUGAGUAAAGAAUUACUCACUUUUAUAAAAAGUCCCUUAAGUUCUUUAAUUUUUAUAGCCAAGACUACAUUCGGAGACCUCGAACACGGUUGGGUUGUGUUUGAGAAAAAUGGGAGAAAAACCACUUUUCUUUUUUUAGAUGUGAAAUUGCUUUUAUUCAUCAUAAACUUUUGGAUUAUAUUUACUUAUCUGAAAUGGAGUCGUGAUAUGUAAUACAUGUUUGCAGUGAAUCCAUGCUUCUUUUUUGCUGGCUUAAUAUCUGGUUGAGAAAAGUGAACAGUUUGGUGAGACCCACUUUCUGCUUUUCUGAGCUGACAUUAAUUGGCUGUUAUAUGCAGCUAAUAAAGUGAUAUGUUGACUUAUUUUAGUUUUAGUUUUAUCAUCCCAUUGUGCAAUAUAUUACCACAACUUUAUUCUUAUUUUUUGAGGAUGAAACCAAGAUUACAUUUUUUUUGUUUUGGUGAGAUUAUGUUGUCAUUUUCAUUGCUUCCUUUUAUUUAAUGGGAAACUUUUACAAUCAAUUAUAAUGUAGCCUUUGACCUAUUACCUAAGGGUUUAAAAGUCAGUUAUCUGCACUUGACCCCUAAAGAGUCAACACCUUUGUCCAACGAGUUGUGUUUGUGGGAUAGAAAUGUGUUUAUAACUCAACCUACAGACAUGUAUUGUCUCUUUGAAUCACUUUGAAGUGUUAGAAUUGUACUCACAAGAGCAAAUUUUAAAAAGGCUAUUGUGUGUUUUCUUAGUUACGCAGUGAAACCAGCUCUUUUUUUUCAGAUGGAAAUAUUUGUAUUGAUCUUUUGUUUCCGUAUCACACUUACAGAUUACUGCUACUGUUGUGCUUCUCUUUGAGCUCACCAACAGACCAACACUUAGUUUUGCUUGAUUGCUGUCAAUGUGAUUUGAUAUAUAUUUUAUGAAUAAAAUAGUGUUAACUAAGA